AUCAACAUACGCAGGUCUUGUACAGUUGAGUAUAGCUCAGCACCCCCCGAAUUCUGCUUUGAAGUUGAACGUAAAAUGCGCUGUGCAUAUACAGUAUCUGUACCAUAAGCGACCAGGAGUGGCGAUCUUGUACUUUGCACAGCGCGCCUUUGAGCUGCAUGAUUGCUUAGCAACGCGAACAAAAAAAGUUUCUGCACAGUGUGACGGGACAGAUGAUUAAAGCAGGCGAGUAGAUUCGGCUAGUCGCUGAAAGCCACCUGUGCGGGACGCACCUGUCGCCAUCUCCGGAAGUGGAUUCGCUGCUUAUUUUCAUCGUUAAGAGGCGGUAGCUGGUCGGUAUAAUAGUACUAUAUGUUUAUAUAUGAGAUUCUAAAAGUAAGGUAACGUUGGUCUAUAGAGAUCCGGCAGUUUUCAGUCGGCUGCACCUGUCAAGCCCACUGCAUGCCCGGUGGCUGUUUAAGGGCCCCGAUGGCUCGGACAGCAGUGGAAGUGCCGGACGACACGGAUUUCAACCGAUUCCAGGAGGAAUGCGAGUCACAGGACGGCUGGAUUUCCAAAUAUAAGAAGUCUGGGGUGGAGGUUUUAGUUCAGCCCCCUCCAUCCGUGGCCGUGGGUCAAGGGGACAGGAAUAGCCUCUCGACGAUUCACAGGUUAAAGUGCCGAAUGGAAGUGAAGGAUGUUUCAGCUGCCACCAUGUAUGAUGUCCUGCAUGAUGGGGAAUACCGCCGGAAGUGGGACAGCAGUGCCAUUCAAAGCUUUGACAUUGCCCGCAUCACUGCCAACGCUGAUGUGGGAUACUAUUCCUGGAAGUGUCCAAAACCACUUAAAAACAGAGACGUGGUGACCCUGAGAUCCUGGCUGGUCAAGGAUGGAGAGUACAUGAUUAUCAACUAUUCUGUCAAGCAUCCAAAGUACCCUCCUUCGAAGGACCUUGUUCGGGCGGUGUCUAUUCUCACGGGUUACCUGGUGAAGUCUACAGGACCAAAAAGCUGUACUCUAAUCUACAUGUCUCAGGCUGACCCCAAAGGUUCACUUCCCAAAUGGGUGGUAAACAAGGCUUCACAGUAUUUAGCGCCCAAGGUGCUAAAGAAGAUUCACAAAGCAAGCCAGCGAUACGAAGAGUGGAAGGUGCGUCACUCCCCAGAUCAGAAACCAUGGCUUUACCCUGAGCAGAACACAUUACCCUCCAUUAAACUCUCUGAGCUGUCCAUACAACGAGCUGAAUCACUGGAACAAGUGGAUGAGAGCACACUGAAUGAAGAGAAAGAGAGUGAAGAGGAAGAGGACCGUAAUGGUGUCAAGAAAUGAGUACCCUUUUUCUAUACAGGCAGUGUUGUCACUGGAGAGAAUGUUCCAAUUAUCCUUAAAUCUAACUUAUGAAGAUGAUGGGAUCUGGAAUAGUUUUUGGCACAAAUCAGUAAUAUUAAAGCAGAUUACAGACAGACAUUCUCAUAACACUGUUUCUAAACAGUGGAUAUUAAAAAUGGUUAAAAUACACAAGGCUGGAUAAGAAUUGUCCAUAUCCAUUGGAUUUCUCAACAUUUUGUUCCCAUUUCCAACUUGGGUAGAGAAGUGAAAUGCAGGAGUGCCUUAGUGGGGUUGGUAUGUUUAGUAACUGGUAAAUGACAAACUGCUUGAACAGCAAGUGUAGUCAAAAUGAACGGAGGAGUAUCAAACCGUAACCUUGCUGGCAUUGUAAACGGGCCCUUUAACUGCCCAUUUUUUUCCAGAUCAUUUUUAAAUAGUUUGUAAAAAUACUUUUUCUUAUUAUAUAUUUUCUGAAAUUGGGUACAUUUGAAAUAAAUUACACUAAUCGGGUAACUAAACUAAGCUGUACAAAAAAAAAAAAAAAAUAUUGGCCCAUCAGAAAUUUUGACCCCAGGCUCUUCUUGUUUGGUCCCAGUAUUAUAUAGAAGUGUAGUGGAAGGCCACAAGUUAGCCCUGGCAUUCACAUCCUCAGGAAUUUCUUGUGUAUAUAGUCAGUGAGCUAUGCUUCCUUUUAAACCAAUUUUAUUCAAAGAGGACUAGAGCAAAUUGACAUAUUGUAAUACUGCAACAGCCUUAUUAGUUCUGGAAGAACAUUACAAUUCAAGUGCCAUAAAUAUGUCAUCAUCCUUGUUUACCAAGAGGGAAUGUAAUGGAUUUAGAAUCUUGUUAAAUAAUGAAGUAGCAUACAGAUGUGAACAUUAUAUGACCUUAUUGUCUACAAGAAAAAAUAAAGUUGAAUCCAAAGCAAAAAAAAAAAAAAAUUAUAUAUAUAUAUAUAUAUAUAUAUAUAUAUAUAUAUAUAUAUAUAUAUAUAUAUAUAUACGUGUUGUUUAUUUUGACUGUACGUAAUAAACACAUUCCAUAAUGAUCUGUUGUGCUUUAAAACCAUCUUCUUUGCAUAUAUCUAAUUCAUUUCAAAGUAUUGAUGACUUACUUUUUUUACCUUUCAAAAUGAUAAAAAUGUUAAUGCUCCAAAAAGGAAAAUGCUUACAUUUAAGGCUAUCCUUUCUUGUCCGAUUCAUGAACGUUGCUAAUACUCUGCCACAUCACACCCCUACUGGUACUUCCUCAAAACAGUCUGUUACUGUUCAACUCCCUGUUCCUCAAUUAUGUUUGCGGAAUGCACUUAUUCCAUUUUUCAUUUCUGUUUUAAUUAAGCAGUGAUAUUCAAGUUGCUUUAAACAGCUUACUCCAGAGGGGGCAAAAGACUUUUGUUGCCAUAUGUGACAAAGAAGCAUAAAAUAAGUAAUGACAGAGUAAAAGAUUAUAGUUAAUAAAUCAUUUAGUUGUUUAUUAUUCUGCAGUGAAAAACACAAUCACUCAUGAUCCAAUACAGUUUAACAAAGUGCAUCAUUCUGUAUUUUACAAUGAUUAAAUUGUGGUAUGCUACAACCACAUAUACUUCCACAUCUAGUCUCUAUCUCUAACCCAAAACCGGGACUUAUCAGGCACCAUCAAGAAGAACCUUUGUUAUUCAACGGAAAUGUUCCCCUUCACUUGUAACAAUGUU